AUGAAUCCUCUCUCCGGUUAUAUUUCGGAUUGGUAUUUUGCUUAUCCGAUGUCUGAGCCGAGUAAGACUGUACCCCAGAACUCAUUGUUCCACAUAUUGACUCCCUCUGAAAAUUCUCGUCUGUCACACAGUCCUUCGGUUACUCCCACUCCAAUGAUGCCUCAGAAUGUAAUCCAAAUGGACAUGUCAAAACUCCAGAUGAGAUUCCCACUUAAAAAUGUUGCUUCUAACGAAUCGUUCCCAUAUCCACAGUUCAAUCCAGAAUUCUAUCUGCCUCCAAUGACGUCACAAUCUAUCCAUCAGAACUCAUACACCGCCAACUGUGUCCCUUCGAAUACACCAAAAGCUGUUCCAUCUAGGAAGCCUCGAAAAGAAACAUUCGAGAGAAGAAGAAGAACUGCAUUCAGUGAAAAGCAGUUGAAAAUGUUGUGUGAUCAAUUCAUGAUAAAUCAAAACCCCACUGGAUUUGAAUUGAAUAAACUGGCAAAAGACACCGAGCUGGAACAGAAAACGGUCAAAAUUUGGUUCAAAAAUCGACGAGCCGCAUGGAGAAAACAGAAUCCUGCUUUAAAAUCAUAUAUGUCUCACUAUCACGGAUAUUAUUAA